AUGUCGUUCAAUCCCAAUCAAGUGAUUUUGGUUACCGGUGCUUCCGGCUUUGUCGCUACCACCGUUAUUGGGAUUUUCCUAGAACGCGGAUACAAAGUUCGUGGCACUGUUCGCUCACCAGAAACUGCCGAGAAAGUCGCUCAGUUGCAUGCUCGGUUUGAGCCGCAGUUGUCAUUUGCGGUGGUCAAAGACAUCGGCGCAGACGGUGCAUUUGAUGAAGCAGUGAAAGAUGUGGAUGGAGUCAUUCAUAUUGCGUCGCCUUUUCAGAUAGCUGUCGAAGACUGUGAGCGCGAUCUUCUUCUCCCAGCGAUCCGGGGGACAACCUCAAUUCUCCAGGCUGUCAAGGCAAAUGCUCCAAAUGUCCGCCGAGUAGUUAUUACCUCAUCCUUUGCGGCCAUCGUGGACAUGAACCAUGGCGCUCGCCCCGGCUACGUUUACACCGAAGCCGACUGGAACCCCAUAACAUUUGAAAAGGCGAGCGCCGCAGACCCUGCCACAGCUUACUGCGCAAGUAAAGCGCUAGCAGAAAAAGCUGCCUUUGAAUUUGUCUCCAACCAGCAGCCUCAAUUUAGCAUUACCACCAUUUGCCCUCCAAUGAUCUACGGGCCACUCGGACACGCCGUAAACGAUAUGUCAAAGCUGAAUACUAGCGCAGCAGACUUUUAUCGCUUGAUGAAUGGAACUUCCCAAGAAGUUCCUUCAACAGGCACCUUUGCCUUCGUAGACGUUCGUGACGUCGCAGAGGCACAUCUCCGCGCGUAUGAGUCAGACGCUGCUGCGGGUCAACGAUAUUUAACCGCUGGGGGCAAUUACACCUAUCAAGAAAUGACAGAUAUCCUUCGUGCAAAGUUCCCAAAUCUAGUGGAUCGCAUUCCGAAGGCCAAAGAAGGUUCCAUCGACCCCGAUGCCUACAAAGUGUCAUCUAAGAAAGCUGAAACUGAGCUUGGCAUUCACUUCCGAGGACUUUCGCAGGUCACAAUUGACACGGCCGAAAGUUUGCUGCAAUUGGAGCGCAAGAUUGGCGAAAUUUGA